UUUCCUCAUAAUCUCUGUCUCUGAAUUUUCUCUGUUUUCUCUCUCCACAUGACGAUAUCAAGAAAACAUGCUGACCCUCUUCUUGAUUAAAAUGCUAAAAUUUUCAAGGUUCAAAUAUCCAGUACAUAUAUAUAUAUAUAUACAUGCAUAAAUAUAGGUGACCAAGAUGUCUCUAGAGGUAUAAAGAUUGUAUUUUUAUGAGCUAUGAAGAAAAUCCACAAAAGGGUUAUUGGAAAUUGAAAGUGAAAAUUAGGUUCUUGGCUGCAUUUCUUAAGUUAAUUGCUUCAAGUGUUGGAAAGAUUAGAUUUUUGAGAGAAAAAUGAAGAAAGUACUAUAAGGGGUUUCUUUAUAUAGUUUCUGGAAGUGAAAAAAUAGGGUGGGGACGAUGGAGGACUCUAGUGAUGUUUUUAGGGUUUGGUUUUAGGUUUUCUUGGGAUUAUAUGACUUGGGUAUUGUGUAGAAUUUGGGUUUAGUGGGGAUUCGUAUAGCCAACUCCAACUUGUUUGGGACUGAGGCAUAGUAAUUGUUGUUUGGGUAUAGUAGUGAUUCAUAUAGCCGACCCCAACUUGUUUGGGACUGAGGAGUAGUAGUUGUUGUUUGGGUAUAGUGGGGAUUCAUAGAGCCGAGCCCAACUUGUUUGGGACUGAGGAGUAGUAGUUGUUGUUUGGGUAUAGUGGGGAUUCAUAGUGCCGAGCUCAACUUGUUUGGGACUGAGGCUUAGUUGUUGUUGUUUGGGUAUAGUGUAGAAUUUGUUUUAUGUUUGGAAUGAGGAGCAAAAUUUGAACUUUUCUGGGAAAUUCAAAUCUUGGGUUGUUGGAGUGGACAGUAAAGUUGCUAUUUUGGGAAAAAAACAAGUUGGUGAAAUGAUAUCUUCAGGGACAAAUUUGGUGAUGACUGUGAUAGGAUUUGCAGUAAGUACCAUGUUCAUAGUAUUUGUGUGCACAAGGCUAAUUUGUGCAAGAAUUCAAUUGAAUGCAAGACGGCACUCUUUCACAUAUGCUUCUAGAUCUGAUCUUAGCAUUUUGGAGCGUGGUUUACAUGGUCUCGAGCCUCUUGUUGUUGCCAACUUCCCGACAAAGAAGUACGGGGAUGUGUUUUUUACCUCUGCAGAAGAUGCUCAGUGCAUUGUUUGCCUUGUCGAGUAUCAAAAGCAGGAUGCGCUACGUAUUUUGCCAAUAUGUGGGCAUUCUUUUCAUGCAACAUGUAUUGACAUAUGGUUUCAGCAGCACUCCACGUGCCCAGUUUGUCGAAUUUCUCUACGUGAAACACCUGAAAAAAAGCGAUUUAUGCAACCACUGUUUAGUUCAGCUAUCCGAUCUCACUUUGAGAUGGACUCCCUGAAUGUUAGUUCAAAUCUUUGUCUAUCAGCUGAGCAGAGGCAUUCCAGCCUGAGAACGGACUCCACCACAGACGCUCAAUGUCCACCCGAGGUUGGUAUGAUGGUAGUCAGAGGAAACAACGUCGUAUCAAACGAUGAUAGUCAGAACACGAAAAACUCAGAAAACAAGCAAGUUGAGAGCCCAUCAAAUGCAUAAGCUUUUUAAGUCAAGAUCACACAGACUCGAAGAUUUCACAAUGUAGGUAUCGCGUUCAGUCCGUUGCUCGGAUUUUGAUUUGGUAGAUAACUUACUGCUCAUAGCCUUUUGUAAAUAUAGCAAAGUAUUGUUUCUUUCAUUUUUUGAGUACCUUACAUGUUGCUAUACUUCAGUUUUCAACUUGAAAAUUGGUGGUAAUUUUGUAGAUCAAUUAAUUCAGCUUCCUUGCUGAACAAUGUCAAUUACAUAUAUGAGUUUAGUAUACAAGAAUCAAGAUUGUAUCUAAUAUUUAUUUACUUGAA